GGGUUUUUUCCUGAAGCUCUGAGCAGCUGCAACCCAGACUAAGCACCUCUGAAAGUAAGGUCAUAGGGUGUUUCACUUGUUACGGCUCCUUUGCCAGGAUCCUUAUUCAUCUUGUUGCAGCUCCUUUGCUUUUUGGGUUUUUUUUGUUAUACGUGGGAUGAGGCUGUUGAUAUGUCCGAUGAAUUAAUACCUGGUGGCAGCCAAGAAAUUUCAAUUAUUUCAAAGCAGCUGGAGAGAACUGUAAUUUGCUGGCAGUAAAAAUACUGGGCUUUGCUUUGCUCUGUCCAGGUCCAAGUGGAUUCAGAGGUGCCAGUUCAAUCCCCAGGCCUGAGCUCUAAGUUCUGUUUGCUUAGGGGGAGUGGGCAGUUUGCUGGGUGUUUGCUUUGGUGUCAGCAAUGGGUGGAGGUAGAAGUGGGUAGAAAGCCUGAGCCUGGUGGAGUUUGCUCAGGAUGUAAUGGGCACUGUUGUUUUCUCACUGUGCCGUGUGCUUCAUGUUCUUUGUCCUAUGGGGACCUGAAUAAAGAGGAAAGGAAGAAUGAGCCAUGCUUUGAGAUAGGACUGGCUUGGUGAUAGUCUGGCUUGUGAUCCCACUAAGAAGCCUGGGGUCUGGGUGGAGGGAAGAGGUCUGUCCUUGGGUAUUUCUACAGCUGUAUUCAUACUGGGACCUUAAGGAGACUUUCCUGGAAGAUGGAGAAAGCCUAGAAACAGAAACCACUUUGUAGCUGCAUGGUGCCCCUAGCCUCCCAAACUGUUGGUGGUAGCAGGGAUUGAGUGGUAGCUGCUUUAAGGGAGAAAUGCCACAUUUCCUGCUAGAUAACGGCAUUGUGGUCAGAUGGAAGACCCCCUUGCAGCAACUGCUUUCUGGUGAAUCUCCGCUGGCAGCUUCCACCCAUUUGCACUCCCUCCUCUCCUGUUCCUGACUUGUUUCCUUUCGUUCUUAUUACCUUGUUCCACCCAACGUGGCUUCUCUGUCCCCGCUCCCCCCAGAGUCAGAGGUUGCCGGGUGUGGAUGCCUGCUGGAAGCUCUGUAAGGCCAGGCUACACAGUCUUGUAGCUGAGUGCCAUGGGGAGCAACAACAAGAGCCUCAGGCUGGCAAGAUGCUGCUGAUGCCUCCACUUUGACUGCAGUGGUCACUGGCAUUAGAGAUUUGCAAUGGAGCAUGGAGGAGAGAGUUUCAGGGAGCUGCUUGCUGCCCCAGAAAUGUUGUCUGCCUGGGGAACAAGCCCAGACUAAGCCAUGGAGGAAGGCUGAGCUGGGUGGGGUCUGCAGUGUCUUGCAGCUGUCCUGUCCAUCCCUCAUCUCUCUCAUCCUCCUUUGACCCCUGUGCCUUCUUCAGCCUACCUUGAUGCUGUCCUACAGAGAAAUGCCACCCUGUGGUUAAGAGAGGCCAGUUUAAGAGAAGUGAAAUGCGAGGCUUAAACUGCAGGGCAGCAUUCUUAGGUGUGGGACUGACACCCAGAUGGAGAAGUGGAGGGAGCUUGAAGAGAAAAGGAAGUUAAUAGCUUGCACAAAACCUUGGGACCAUGUGCUGUGCUUGACAAUGCCACCAACCACCCGGAUCAGUGCCCUCUUCACAAGCCUACCCCCACCGUGAAUCAGCUCAGCUUAGGUCAUGGCUUGUCCCCCUACUCCUGCUCUUCCCCUGGCCCUAUUAAUGAGUAUUUGCCCCCCGUGUUGUAGGUGAUGCUGCUCGGAGAUUCGGGCGUGGGGAAAACCUGCUUCCUGGUGCAGUUCAAGGACGGGGCCUUCCUCUCUGGGACAUUCAUAGCUACCGUCGGCAUAGACUUCCGGAACAAAGUGGUGACAGUAGACGACGUGAAGGUGAAAUUGCAGAUCUGGGACACAGCAGGGCAGGAGCGAUUCCGUAGCGUGACCCACGCCUACUACAGAGAUGCUCAGGCCUUGCUUCUCCUGUAUGACAUCACCAGCAAAAUGUCCUUUGACAAUAUUCGAGCCUGGCUCUCAGAGAUACAUGAAUAUGCCCAAAAGGAUGUGGUCAUUAUGUUGUUAGGCAAUAAGGCAGAUGUGAGCAGUGAGAGAGUUGUCAGGACAGAGGAUGGAGAGACACUAGCCAGGGAGUAUGGAGUGCCUUUCAUGGAGACCAGUGCCAAGACCGGCAUGAACGUGGAGCUGGCCUUUCUGGCCAUUGCCAAAGAGCUCAAGGAACGAGCAGUGCAGCAGCCGGAUGAGCCCAGGUUUCAGAUUCAUGACUACAUAGAGUCACAAAAGAAGAAGUCCAGCUGCUGUGCCUUCAUAUGAGAGAAAGGAGGCUGCCAGGGCAGGACACAGGUGCAGAGGGGUGACCCAGGCACCUGGGACAGUAAGAACUGCACAAGACAGUGGCUGGAGCCCUGCCCUCCAGAACAACCUCUAACCAAAUCCUGGUAAUAGUUUCCAAAAAAGAGGCAGGCAAACCUACCAAAAGAGGGGAGCAUGUGUGUGCGUGUGAGUUUGCGUGCAUCUGUGUGUGUGUGCGAGAGGGGAAGUUAUUAUAAGGCCAAAUAAACACCAGUUGUGGUUCCA